AAUGUAUAUGUGGCCUGGCGGCGGCAGUGACUGACCUACUGCAGUCAGUAGAACUACAGUACCAUGGCUAUCAAGGUGAAGCCCAAGACAAAGGCGCCACCAGUGACAAAGUCAAGGAACACCUCAAUGGACUAUUCUCCCUAGUCCAGGGACUAGGUGGUACUGCAGUGGUCCGGACCUAUAUAGACCAGUUGGCACAGGUGCUCAGUGCACUCGUUGGGUGGAGUAAGAUAGAGAAGUGCACUGGCAGUGAUGGCAGUGGCUGUGGUGGCACUGGUGGCGAUAGCAAACCGCACGGCCAAGAGAGCUGUGAGUAUCUAAAUGAGGUGACAGCGAACGAUCCGUGCGACAAGUGUGAAUGUAUGAAAUGGGACGUGCCCAAGGCGGAUGAUCUCGAUAAAGGACACCACCUGGGCAGGGGGUGUCAGAGGUGUAAGGAUAGUGGUGAUAGUGCUCAUAGGUGUAGCUGUACUGGUGGUGGUAGUGGCAGCAGCACCUGUACUGCUGAGAGCUGCCAGUGCUAUAAAAAGGGCAAAUGCUGCAAGUGUUGUUGUAAGGGUUGUGAUGGGUGUAAGAAGGAGUGUAGGUGUGAUGGCUAUAAAUCAGCUUACCCCAAAACGACAGUCAGCUGGAUUGAGGGAGGACAUACAAUUACAUGGAAACAACUAAAAGAUACUACGUUUGAUAACACUGGUGACGGAACUCCAUCCAAUAAAAGAUUGCAAUGUGCCCGGAUAUUCCUAGGGUCAGUAUGUCUCAUUUGGAGUGGCAUUACUUAUAUGUAUUGGACUGGUAAGUGGGCCCAGAGUAGUCCCCGUUGGAACAACCAUAUCCUGGAUGGUAGUGGUCUCGAUGAUGGUACCCUGUCCCAAUGGCUACAGGCCUUAGGGUUCCCUAGGGUGAUGCUUAAUAACAGUGGUCCUGGUAAUAGGUUGGAUGCCAUUAUAUGGAAUGGACUUAGUGAUAAGCUGCUUCUAGGGUUUGCUAAGCCUAGUGGCGCCACUGGCUAUGACACUGAGGGUAAUACAGCCAGAAAUCCAUUCGCUAUGAACUAUGCCGGUUUGGUACAUACUAUACAUAGGGAUUCAUUCAACAAUGAUGGUGCUAUUGUGUUUAAAAAUGACGGCUCUAGUACUACUGACACUAACAUCCACAAACGUGGUGCCCUCUUCAAGCUCUACAUUCUAUCAUGUGCCUAUUUUACAGGGUUACAGAAGCCUAACUCUACAGCACUGUCCAGUACUGCCAGUACCACUAGGACUCCUAGGACAAUUCGGGAGAUCCUCUACUGGCUAAGUGCACUGCCCUAUAGUACGGCAUAUAAGCAGUUACUGGAACAUGGUAAGAAGGAACUCGAAAAGGUACUCAAGAAACCCGGAGAGACUGAAUCUACUGCCAGCAAUGAACAGAAACAACUUAAGUUUCACCAAACAGGCCGUAAUCAUCCCAUUACAGUUGAUGAAUACAACCUGUUUGCCCACUUCCAAGCAGUGACCCAGUAUUGCCCACUGGUCCUCAUAGGUAUCCAAGGAGGAUUACACAGUACCAACAACACUGGUCCUGCCAUCCACUCCCUGUAUGCUAACACGGAGUGUUCAUUCACAUAUCCCACUGUAUCCAUCCAAGCAUACAACCAGGUGGUCCACUACAUUAGGGCUCUAUUCUAUCAACUCUAUUUCCUUAGGAAACAAUGUGCAGUGAAGGUUGCUCUAGGAGGCAAAUGGCGUGAGUGUAGGUAUGGCCAGGGGGUAGAGUCCAAGGGGGUAAUUAGCUGGAUGUGCCUGGGGUGUAACCCCAUGGAACAUGAUAGGAAAAGUAGGGUGGAGAAGGUAAAUGGGGAGUUGGGGAAAGUAGUGCCCCAGGGGGGCACAAAGGAUCUUCCAAAGGCCCUGAAGGAUGUGCUAGAGGCUAUAGGUAAUGUAGUGAUACAAUUAGGUAAUGCCCAGGAAGCAUUGGAAGGGAAGAAGACGGAGGCUAUAGAGGGGGUGAUAAAGACACUAGGGAAGGCUAAGGAGGGACUAGAGGGGGCGGUGAAGAAGGGUGGGCUGAAGGAUAAACUAGAUGAGGCUAAGGACGGUCAGACAUCACAGGCACUACGCAAGGCUAAGGAGGCACUAGAUGCACUGACGAAGGGUGAUAGUGGAGCACUACAUACACUAGUGAGUGAUGGAACUGGGUCAUUACAGCAAAUAGCAACUGCUUCAAAGGAGUACGACAAAGACUAUAGUAGUGCUAAGAACAAGAUAAGUGAGGCUAUCAAAGCAGUACGUGAUGCAUUGGAGGGAUUACUGCUAUUAAAGGAUGCAUCGACAAGGCUCGACGGACACAAAGAGGCACUGUUAGAUGCCACAAGCAAACUCAAUGACAUAUGCAACUCUCCCAAGUGCAAUAACUGCGGCAAACACUCCAAGUGUGGUAAAGAGGGCAAUCCCACCAUGUGUACUCAAUGUGGCAAUAUGACUACCACUGGUGUUCCAUCACCCCUCCAGGCAUUCCUGGAAGACAGGUUGCCGGGGUUUAGUUGUGAUAAUACCAUGGACGAGCUGGAAAAGCAAGAGGCAGAUAAGGCUCAAAAGGACAAAAACAAGGUGCUUCCUGCGUCUGAGCUAGUAUAUCCCUCUGCAGCAUCCCACCUAGACCACUGUAAUGGUUCCGGUCAGUGCUGCCCAUUUCCUAUGGGUUUUAGAAAUAACUUCCAGAAGGGCAGCACCGGUGAUAUGACUGGUGCACGCCUUUAUGGCAUCCUCUACUUCUUCAGUAACGGUGACAUGAUGCAGUCUUGUGUCUAUACACUGGUGAGGGUAACAGCAGCACUCAGUGCCACAACACCACAGGUACUGGGUGAUGUAUUCGGGUUCUUUAGGGGAGGUAUUGGAGAGAAGGAAAGGGGAGAGACUAAGAGUGGAGAGAAGAGCAAGGAAUGCACUCACUCAGGCGAUCCGUCUCAGAAAGGAGACAAUGACUACUUUUGCGGCUGGUGUGCCUCUGGGUUAAGGGAUGAAGUACAAAAAAUUGAGUGGAUACCCAAUGGUGGUGACAAGGAUAAAGGAGGGAAGUACAUGGACAAAGUCGGUAAAGCGCUAAGAGAUAUUAAGGGCAGUGACAGCACUGCUACUACCACUGCAUAUUCCAGCACUGCUACUGCCAAUACCUCCCUCUCAAGACUCACUGAGAACUGCCAGUACCUCUCCCCCCUAACAGGUGAACUGUAUACAGCAGUGAGUGCCACCUUCGGUAGAACAUAUCUCUCAUGGGUACUGUAUCUAUCAGAUGCACUUGAAGGUGGAUUACGUUCACUGUCUGACGCAUUCAAGCAGAUUGAAUGCCGGGGCUGUAAGGGAAACUGUGACCCCAAUAAGUGCAAGAGGGGAAGCCACGGACAAGGUAGCGGUCUGUGUGGGUGCCAAUCAAUCGUAUCAUGUACCGGGGUACUACCGGUGUUGUACAGGCAUGGGUUUAGCUACGGUAACCCAUUCAAUCUGGAGGGGUACGAACAGAGGGAUGGGAAGACAGAUGGGCAGUAUGACAUUGAGGACAAGAAGAAUCCUAGGCAGUGUCAUGAGUUCUUAAGCAGUCUUGGUGCAGUGAUCAAGACAGAGAGUACCACUCAGAAGGAUCAGGCCCACCCCCUAAGCAACCUCCUCUCACAGGUCGGCAAGCUCCAAUACGACAUACGGCUCCCCUGGAUCUUUGUUCUUACGUUAGCCUGGCUAAUGGCGGUACUCUACCUUGCCUUUGGUGCCAUAUGGCCAUUGGACUGGACACAUAUGAGGUCUCAUUGGUUACGGGGUGGAGAACACCAGUGGCAAUGUAUGUGGUAUAAGGUGAUGACAGGGAGGAAGGGAAGAGUAGUGCUAGAGGGGAUGGAGUAUUUUGGUAGGAGGUAGUGGCGCCUUCGGCGCAACAGUGCUAUAAUGUGGUAGUUAGUAUCGGGGGUAGUAAUGUGGA